ACCACCUCAAAUCAUUCUCCAGUCUUCCUCCCCAUAUCCCGGAUCUCCUCCGCCCCUGCACCCUAGUUCCUGGCCAUUAAUAAACCCGUCUGUCUCCUCAUUCCUGCUAUUUGAAGCCGAAGAGCCCCACACUUUCACAUACACAGACCGCUCGCAGUGUUGCAUCUGUCUGCCGUGGCAUGUGUGCCUGCGUUAACGCGCGUGUGCACCACUAAAAGAGAGAGAGAACGGGUGAGCGUGCCAGUGAGGAGAGGGAGAGAGAACGGGAGAAGGGAUAAGCGAGCGAUCGAGAGAAAAAGGGUGAAAGAGACACCGAGCGCAUGAGAGCAAGACAAAGCAAUGAAAUUCAUCGGAGCCGCUUACCUCCUGUUCCUCCUCCCUGCUUUAAGCUUCAACAGCAGCUAUGAGGGGCUGGAAAAGAAGCUGAAGGAGGUUUUCACAGAGAGGACAGGAAUUUUACGACAACUUUCCAAAACAUCAAAGGAGCUGGACAGUAUAAAGGGGAACCUCCAGUCUCUUAAGAAUGAUGAUGCUGUGCCCAAGAAGGAUGUUCAGAGGAUCCUGGAGCUCAGUCACAAGCAAAGGCAUGAGAUGAAGUCACUCCAGGCAGCUCUGCAGAAACAACUGGAUGAUGCAGCUGAACGUGCAGAGAAACACCAGGCCACAAUAAAGUUCUUAAAGAUGGAGAUGGAAAAGAAGACCAAAAUCAUCAAAGACCUUCAGCAAGAGAAUAAAAGCCUGAAGAACAAACUUCUGUCUGGGAACAAGCUCUGUGACAUACAUGCAGAGGAGUCCAAAAAAAUCCAAGCCCAGCUGAAAGAACUGAGGUAUGGCAAAAAGGAUUUAAUUUUUAAGGGUCAGCAACUGAUGGACUUGGAGAAUAAACUCAAAGUAGCCAAAGAUGAACUGGAGAAGGCAGCGCUGGAUAAGGAGUCACAACUGAAAGCCCUGAAGGACACCGUGCAUAUCUGCUUCUCGUCUGUCCUACAAAGCCAGACAGGAAGUUUGCACAGAUUUCCAGCCACACCCACCAACCUGUUGAGGUACUCUGCCCUGGCCAACAAUUCAAGAGUCACCUUUCAGCAGCCGCAUGUAAAGGACAUCCCGAAAGUUCCCCGGAUCACAACAAGUAAACUGCCUGUGAGCAGUGCAGUAAUGAGGAGAGAGAGCCCAGGACCGAAAGACUGCCAGAUGGUGAAGGUGGGAGCAGACUGUUCCCACAAUCAGACCGAGAGUUCAUCUGAGAUGAAAAAGACAUUUGGACACAGUCAAUCGAAGACCCCAGAACAGAUCGGACAAGCUCAUGCAAGGACAGCAGAGGAAAGUGUGAAAACAGACUAAAAAAGACACAAAUGGACAAACACAACUGAAGGGACAGUGGAAGACUUGGCAGAUUUUCUGCAUGGUAAAAAUGAAGUCAGAUCUGUUUAAGCCCCUCUUCAUUCACUGAGCUUAUAAGCACACACACACACACACACACACACACACACUCACACACAACUGUAAGCAAACACAAACAACGACAGAAACUAACACAAAAUACUCAGUCUUACACUGCUAAUGUAGAAAAAGAAAUUCCCAACAUUAAAUUUUGAACUUUCUUAAUAAAAAACAACUGCAUAGUAUGGCAUGCAUUAUAGAGUUUUAGAUAUUGAUUUUACAAAGAUACGAUGGUAUGAUGGUUGUUUUUAUAAUAAUUGUUGCUUUUUAUUUGUCUAUUUUUGAAUCUUUUUUUUUCAAAGUGAGGACACGGUGUUCUAUGAUUUGUGUGGUUUGUAAUUAAAAACUAUUUCUGGCACCUCAGACCAGAGUUUCAGUGUUAAAGGUCACGUUGGGGGUCGUUUGAGUUCUGUAAAUUUACACAGGAGGUCAAAUAUUAACUUUUUCUGAGCAGCUUAUGAAAAUAUUGAGCCGUGUACUGAAUGCAAAUUAGGGCUGCACGAUUUGAGGAGGAAAAACAAUUAAAUUAAAACAA